GUUUCUAUUCUCGCACGUCUAAAAAUUAUUUCAUUUUAUCACAGAGAAUACCAUUUUUUAAAGUGAUUAUUGUGUUUCUAAUUGUUUUUUUGUAUUAUAAUUUCUUUAACUUUGUGAAAUUUAUCAGUUUCAACGUUUUGUUAUAAAUCUCUGCAAAUUAAAAUUAGAUUAAAAAUAUUUUUUCAAUCAGUUUCUUUCUAUUCAUUUUUGUUUUGAAUAUGUCAAAGGAAAAAUUUAUUUUGAGUGGACCAGUUUUAAAAAAGAAAUGGAAUUACGAAUCAGUAGGUGAAUAUUUUUUUCAAAAAUUUACUGAAAAUGGAGAAAGCACCGCACUGGUAGAUGUUGAGACAGGAGAAGAAUUAUCACACAGAAAACUAUUUGAAAAAAGUCUUAAAUUAUCAAUGAUUCUCGAGAAAAUGGAAUUAAAUGUAAAUGAUAAAAUUGGCAUUUGCAGUGAGAAUAAUAUAAAUGUUGCAAUUACAAUUUUUGCUAGCAUUUUUAAAGGCACUACUAUUUGUCCAUAUAAUCCUCUUUACACUGAACAAGAAUUAAUUCACGUUUUAAAUAUUUCCAUGCCUAAAUUUAUUUUUAUCUCAAAAUCUGUUUGUGGGAAAAUGGAGAAAUUAGUGAAAAAAUUAUCAUGGACAGUGAAACUAAUUCUACUUAAUGAAGAUGAUAAUUCAAAAAUUCCAAAUCUUUCAAAUUUAAUUGCAAACAUUUCAAAUGAUGAAUUAUCGAAAUUUCAAUUGCCAAAAAUUGAGAAAAAUGAACACAUUUCAAUAAUUGCCUCUUCUAGUGGUACAACUGGACUCUCAAAGGGUGUUAUGUUGAUGGAUAAAAAUAUUUUAUUAAUGAUUCAAACUCAAACUGAAUGUUUAGAGCCUGUAAUGAAAAAUAAAAUGAUUGUAUCAGGCUUUAUGCCGUUAUUUCAUAUUUAUGCUCUAGACAUUCUUUUAUUUACAGUUGCGUGCAAUUCAAAAAUGAUUAUUUUUCCAAAAUUUGAAGAACGUUCCUUUCUACAGGCAGUUGAAAAAUAUAAAAUUCAAAUUGUCUGCUUAGUUCCAACGAUACUCAUCAUUUUCUCAACAAGUUCAAUAAUUCAUGAAUAUGAUUUGUCCUCCGUUAAACGAAUAGUAACUGCAGCGGCGCCACUGCCUCCUAAAAUAGGAGAAACAGCAAAGAAACAUUUUCCGAAUUCGGAGCUUUAUAUUUGCUAUGGAAUGACGGAAACUUGUUUUGCAACGACAUUUGCAUUAGCAGAAAACGAUUUAAAAAGCGUUGGUGUCCUACAACCGGGCUAUCAGGCCAAAGUUAUUGCACUAACUGACGAUUCAAAAGAACCUCUUGGACCAAAUUGUGAAGGGGAAUUGUGUUUUAAAGGAGAAAAUAUCAUGAAAGGAUAUUAUGGCGAUGAAAAAGCAACGCGAGCAUCAAUUGAUGAAGAAGGUUUUCUUCACACCGGUGACGUUGGAUAUUAUAAUGAAAAAGGGUAUUUUUACAUUGUCGAUAGAGUGAAGGAACUUAUCAAAUACAAGGGAUUUCAAGUUCCUCCCGCGGAGCUCGAAGCUAUUUUAUUCACACAUCCGGCAAUACAGGAUGCAGCAGUCGUUGGUUUACCCGAUGAAUUUGGUGAAGAAUUGCCACUUGCUUUUGUUGUUAAAAAGCCCGAUGUCAAUGUUUCUUCCAUCGAAAUCAUUCAAUACGUUAAUGAAGCUGUCUCACCUCAAAAAAAAUUAAGAGGAGGAGUUAGAUUUAUCGAAGCAAUUCCAAGAAGUUCUGCUGGAAAAAUUCUACGCAAAGAUUUGCGUAAUAUAUUAGUUUCAAUAAAAGAUUAAUAAGUAAACGAUUAUACGUAAGAAUUAUGAAUAAAUAAACAAACUAAUAAAUAACAA